GAGCUCCAGGGAGGGACCUGGGUAGUCGGAGAAGCCGGAAACAGCAGGCUGGGGCAGCCACUGCUUACACUGAAGAGGAAGGACGGGAGAGGAUUGCGUGUGUGUGUGUGUGUGUGUGUGUGUGUGUGUGUGUGUGUGUAUGUGUGUAUGUGUGUAUUUUUUUUCUUUUUGGUGCUGGAGGUGGAGGGGGGGUGCUAACAGGGCCAGCCCUGAACCCGCUGGACAGAACUACAGACCCAUGGGGCCUGGCAGUGCCCGCUGAGAGAGGGAGAAGACAGCAGAGGGGUUGGCAAGGCACCCUCCAAACCCCAGAUCAUGUCUCUGUGGGGUCUGGUCUCCAAAAUGCCCGCAGAAAAACUGCAGCGGCUCUAUGUUGACUUCCCUCAACACCUUCGGCAUCUCCUGGGUGACUGGCUGGAGAACCAGCCCUGGGAAUUCCUUGUCGGCUCAGACGCCUUCUGCUGCAACAUGGCCAGCGCCCUACUUUCUGCCACUGUCCAGCGUCUUCAGGCCUCAGCUGGAGAGCAGGGGGAGGGGAGCACCAUCCUGCAACACAUCAGCACCCUGGAGAGCAUAUAUCAGAGGGACCCCCUGAAGCUGGUGGCCACUUUCAGACACAUACUUCAAGGGGAAAAAAAAGCCAUUAUGGAACAGUUCCGCCACCUGCCAAUGCCCUUCCACUGGAAGCAAGAGGAACUCAAGUUUAACACAGUCCUGCGGAGGCUGCAGCACCGAGUGGGGGAAACCUGCCUUCUCCGCAAAGCCCUGCAGCCUGGGGCUGAGGGAGGCCAAGUGUCUUUGCACAGCCUGAUAGAAACUCCUGCCAAUGGGACCGGGCCAAGUGAGGCCCUCGCCACGUUCCUGCAGGAGACUGUCGGGGAGCUGGAGGCUGCCCAGGCCCUGGUGCUGAAGAGGAUCCAGAUUUGGAAACGGCAGCAGCAGCUGGCAGGGAAUGGCGCACCCUUUGAGGAGAGCCUGGCCCCACUACAGGAGAGGUGUGAGAGCCUGGUGGACAUUUACUCCCAGCUGCAGCAGGAGGUGGGGGCGGCUGGUGGGGAGCUUGAGCCCAAGACCCGGGCAGCGCUGAUUAGCCGGCUGGAUGAAGUCCUGCGAACCCUCAUCACCAGCUCUUUCCUGGUGGAAAAGCAGCCCCCCCAGGUUCUGAAGACUCAGACCAAGUUCCAGGCCGGGGUUCGAUUCCUGCUGGGCCUGCGGUUCCUGGCGGCCCCAGCCAAGCCUCUGAUGGUCAGGGCCGACAUGGUAACCGAGAAGCAGGCGAGGGAGCUGAGCAUGCCCCAGGGGCCCGGGGCUGGAGUAGAAAGCACUGGGGAAAUCAUUAACAACACCGUGCCCCUGGAGAACAGCAUUCCCGGGAAUUGCUGCGCUGCCCUGUUCAAGAACCUGCUUCUGAAGAAAAUCAAGCGGUGCGAACGGAAGGGCACAGAGUCUGUCACCGAGGAGAAGUGUGCCGUGCUCUUUUCCACCAGCUUCACGCUCAGCCCCAACAAACUCCCUAUCCAGCUCCAGGCCCUGUCUCUGCCCCUGGUGGUCAUCGUCCACGGCAACCAAGACAACAAUGCCAAAGCCACCAUUCUGUGGGACAACGCCUUCUCUGAGAUGGACCGCGUGCCCUUUGUGGUGGCUGAGCGGGUGCCCUGGGAGAAGAUGUGUGAAACUCUUAACCUCAAGUUCAUGGCUGAGGUGGGGACCAACCGGGGGUUACUCCCAGAGCACUUCCUCUUCCUGGCCCAGAAGAUCUUCACCGACAACAGCCUCAGCAUGGAGGCCUUCCAGCACCGUUCUGUGUCCUGGUCACAGUUCAAUAAGGAGAUCCUGCUGGGUCGUGGCUUCACCUUUUGGCAGUGGUUUGAUGGCGUCCUGGACCUCACCAAACGCUGUCUCCGGAGCUACUGGUCAGAUCGGUUGAUCAUUGGCUUCAUCAGCAAACAAUACGUCACUAGCCUUCUUCUCAACGAGCCUGAUGGAACAUUCCUCCUUCGGUUCAGUGACUCAGAGAUUGGGGGCAUCACCAUUGCCCAUGUCAUCCGGGGCCAGGAUGGCUCCCCACAGAUAGAGAACAUCCAGCCAUUCUCUGCCAAAGACCUGUCCAUUCGCUCACUUGGUGACCGAAUCCGGGACCUCGCUCAGCUCAAAAACCUCUACCCCAAGAAACCCAAGGACGAGGCUUUCCGGAGCCACUACAAGCCUGAGCAGAUGGGUAAGGACGGCAGGGGUUAUGUCCCAGCUACAAUCAAGAUGACUGUGGAAAGGGACCAGCCACUUACCACCCCUGAGCCCCAAACGCCUACCAUGAUGCCCUCUUACGAUCUUGGAAUGGUCCCUGACUGCUCCAUGAACAUGCAGCUCGGCCCAGAUAUGGCGCCCCAGGGGUACCCACCACGCUCUCACUCCAUCCCCUCAUAUCCAGCCCUUCCCCGGGAAGAAUCGGUCAAUGUGCUGCCAGCCUUCCAGGAACCUCACCUGCAGAUGCCGCCCAGCCUGAGUCAGAUGAGCCUGCCCUUUGACCAACCUCACCCGCAGGGCCUGCUGCCGUGCCAGCCUCAGGAGCAUGCCGGGUCCAGCUCCAAGCCCUUGCUCUGCUCAGAUGUGACCAUGGCGGAAGACAGCUGCCUGACGCAGCCGGUGGGAGGGUUCCCUCAAGGCACCUGGGUCCGUGAAGACAUGCUCCCGCCCUUGCUGCCUCCCACUGAACAGGACCUCACCAAGCUUCUCCUGGAGGGGCAAGGAGAGUCAGAGGGAGGGUCCUUGGGAGCCCAACCCCUCCUGCAGCCCUCCUGCUAUGGGCAGUCUGGGAUCUCAAUGUCCCACCUGGACAUAAGGGCUAACCCCACUUGGUGAUCCCAGCUGGAGGGGGAGCCCAGAGACAGCUCUCCUGCCCCCAUGGACCUGCUCUGAACACCUGCCUGUGCUCCUGCCAAGCAGCAGCUGGGGAGGGUGUCCUCCUAUCCCCACCUACUCCCUGGUCAGGAGGAAAAGACUUUGCCAGGAGAAUGUAUAGUGGGUGGAACAUAUCUACUCCUUCCUUCCCACCACACACCCCUGCUCUCCACUUUCCAAAUACUGGAAGGGAAAUUCAGGUUCCAAGUGAGACACGCCCCAAAACGCCUGCACACGCAGAACACACACACACACACCCUCUCCUUAGAAGAUGUGGCUGAGCAGGAAGGGGGCUGGGCCAGAGCACAGGUGAGGGCAUGGAGGGCUUCUCUGCUUGCCCUGAGCCGGGGCUCCGGACACACAUGUGGAAACACACAGACACGUGCACACAUCUGCUUCAGAGGCUAGGGGUGGAAGUAUGGGCUUGGGUCCCAGCCCUGGGGGCACGGGAAACCGUUCAGGAGACCCUGGGAGAGAGGGGGGUCUGUACAUUUGGUCGCUGAUGUGGGUUUUGCCCAGAUUAAAAAACAAAUCCCAGUCAGCUCCAAAUUCCUGCCAGUCAGAUGCAGGCUUUUGGAUACGUGUACGAGAUUGUGCAGAACUAUAAGGGCCGAGUUUGCGUAUAGCUGUGUGAAAGUGUGUGGACCUGAGAUGUGUUAAUAUAUAGAUGUCACACGUUAGUUUUAUGGCCACAUAGAACACACACCUCUCUGAUUUUGCCUGUGUGACAACACGUUUGGAAGUGUGAGACACUGCUCAAAAGACACCAGCGAGUAUACUAGCCUCUCUGACGUAUGCUAACCCAAAUGUACUAAGCUUUGAGUAUGACUGUGCCCAGGUUGGGUCUAUGUGGCUGUAGCUUCGAUGGCUCAACACCUCCAAUCCUGCCCAGAGGCAGAGGCUGAGCCUGGGGUCCAGACUCAGGUGUGUGGUCCUCAUGGUGUAUUGGGGGCCCUACCCGCUUCUUCUUUUCUAUUUCCCCACCCACCGCCAGCUUCCCUCCACUCCCCAACCCCAUGCCACCCUUUCUCCAUCUUGGGGGUCAUAGAUCCUAAGCCAUAAAAUAAAUUUUAUUCCAAAAUAACAAAAUAAAUAAUCUACUGUACACGAUCUGAAAAGAAAGACGCUCUAACUGCUCAGACAGGUGCUGCGGCCCAGAUCCCAGCUGAGGGAGACCCUGAGUCCACCCAGGCCUCCCGAGGGGGCCGGUGAAGGGGACCCCACACCCCCCUAGAGAGGGCAAGAGGGAGAGAACCGCUGAGGGCUUGGGGGGAAGAUGGGGAUGGGUGGGCGAACUGCAGCACUUGUUAAAUUAAAGAAACAAACUAGAAGCACAAAAAUGGAGGAGCAGAGGGGAGGAGCAGGUCCAGUGUUCCCAGGCCCCCAGAUCUGGGGGGAAACCGUUUCCAUUUUUAGCUGCUGGACCCUCCCAAGCCCUUUCCCCCAUGUCCAAACUGAGUCCAACUGCUCACGUCACUGAGUCUAACUAGAGAGGAUGGGAGUGUGCUGUGUAAGGGAGGGGAGAAUCCCAAAUGCCCUGGAGGCAGAGUUCUUGCCUCCUUGCUCUGGGCAAGGGUGAGGGGGCACCAUGCACCCUCCUUGUGUCCUCUCGCCAGGCCCCUGCUUGUUAUUGCUUGAAGCCCCAUAGUUCUAUGCCCAUGGGGCAGGUGGGGAGGCAGGAGAAGGGCAGCGGAAGGAUCCAGGGUUGUGACUAGAUGCCAGGGAUGGAGAGUGGAGGGGUCUGUGUGAGCCAGAAGCCUGGUGCCCUGGGUCUGAGGACGCCAGUCCCCCCCUCACUGCCGGCUGGCCUCAGCCUCCACUUUCACGCUGCUCCUUCGACCUUCCACCAGAGCAGGAUGGGGUCCUGGGGCAGGGCAUCGGUCCAGCAGCCCCUCCUCGAACUCUGCAGGGAGAAGGGGUAGGUUAGGAGGCUGCAGGAUGGACGCUGCAGACAGAGCGGGGCUGAGAACAGAGGCAGGGGUAGAGAAGGCUGCGAAGAUGAGCUUGAUUUCCUGACUCCUGCCCACCUCUGGUCUAGGGGGCGGUUCCAUACCCAAGUGUGUGUGCCCCUCUCCCCUUGCUGGCUGUGUGUAGCUCUCUGUCUCUGGAUGUGUCUCUCUCUUUCUGUCUCUCCCGCCUCCGUUCUGCUGGAAUUUCUGGUUCUGUCAGGAGCUGUGGGGGCGGCUUGGCUCUGACCUCUCCCCCUCCCCCCUUCCCAGGCUCUGCUGCCCCCGCUUAUCCCUGGCCUCCUCUCAGGGCACCCCCCCAACCCUACCAUGCCCCCCAGGGUUCUUAGAAGCCAAAACAGGGGGGACACAGGAAGCCAGCCUCCCAGCUCCUCCCCCAAGAAGAGCCCCCCUGUCAGUCCCCGCCCCCAGUUCCCACCCACACACAGUUUAAAAAUACCAAGCUAGGGUUGGUGGCUUUGUCUGCUGCGUCACUCUGAGCCCAGCCGAUGCCCGGCCCUCUGCCGGCCUCCUUGCCUACUCCCGCUUCCCCCAUCCACACACAAAGCAUCCCCCUCUGGGCUCCUCCAAUUCCAAGCUGGCAACCCUACCCCAACUCCUGGCCUGCUCCACCCUCCUGCGUCGGUAGAAGUUCCAUCCAAACUUCCCUUCUUGGUGGCUCUCCUCUUCCUGCUCCCCUUCGUUCCCCAUUCUCUGUCCCCCUGCUCCCCAAGCUCGCCAUUCACAGACGUCCACUUGGGGUUAGACCCUCCCCACUGGGAACAGCCCUGCAGGGUUCCCCCCUCCUCAACCCAAGGCCUGGUUAGCUGGAGCCCCACCAUGCUACUGCCCCGAGGACACCAGGACUGCUGUGCGGGGCCUGGGCGGCAGGGGUGCUUGGGGAUGGCACUGCUGGCUGCCUCACCUGCGAGAGGUGGCUUUGCGGGCACACAGGGGCUGAGGCGGCCCACGCGGUCGUGGGAGACGAGGCGGGCUAGCCGCAGCCCCUCGUCCAUCAGCGUCUGCUGCAGGAUGUGGCGGCUCCACAGCCCAUGGGCUGGCAACGCCAGAGGCAGGUCAGCAGGGGGCGGCGUCAGCCUUGGGCACGACCCCACAGCUGUGGGCAGGGGCACGGGUCAGGUAGGGGGCCGCAGUCAAUGGAACCCUCACCCUCAACCACACAGCCAGCUCCACGGGCCCAGGCCCAUUCGCUCCCGCCCAGCCAGGCCUCCCAGCCCUGUGCCAGGCAGUGGCCUCCUGGCGCCCUCCUCCCACACCUUCCCCCCACCCCCGCCCCCUCAGUGAGACGCACUCUGACGCACACUCACCCUGCAAGUGUCCAUCCAGGCUCUCCCCGGACAGGCUGGCGCUGUCUUCCUCCAGGCUGGGGCGGUAUGGGUGUGCAUAGGACUCAGGGCCUGGGGGAGGCUGCUGGAUUUCAGAGUGACUUUGUUCUCCAACCUGUGGAUGCCCCAAAUGGGGAAAUGAGGACUGGCAAGAGAGGGGGCUGGGGAAGAUGCCCUAACCUCCUAUAUGUACCCUAGCAAACCUACCUCUUGUUUCAGUUUCUUCAGUGGGGGGCCUCCCAGUUCUUCAGGGUGGAGCCUGCAAAGAUGGAGAGAAACAAGGAGGGUGAGGCUGGGGAGGGACACAUGGUGGACAGGACACAGAAUCUGAUGGGGAACAUGCAUUAUUCCCAGGAUCUGGAAAGAUGAAGGGUAAGCAGCAGUCCCCAGCUCAAGCACUAUUGUUGUGGGGGGCAGAAGGGACCUGAGAGGGAUGGGAGGUGGGGCCAGACCUAGGCAAGUGGACUUGGCCAAAAGCAGGGACACGCAGGCAGGUGGGAAGCAGGCCUACAGGCACCUGAACUGGAGGUCAGGACGUGACCCAUCUCCUUGGCGGGAUUCUGAUCUAGGGAGAACCUGGAGAAGGGGGUCUCACCUGGAGCCCUUCAAGGACGACAGGUAGGUGCUCUCUCGGGCCACUUGGCGGGACAGGGAGAAGAGUUCCACCCUUCGCAGUAAAAGAGUGUUGUCCCUCAUGCAAAACUGGGCAGCAGCCUCGUUGAUGGUCAGCUGUGGAGAGGACCGCCAGAGCAGUCAGAAUCCUCACUGGCCCACCACCUUGCCCACACCUCCUCACUCCCCUUCACCACCAGAGAAAUGAGGCUUAUCCAUCAGAUGUUUGCUUGGGUUUUGACAUCAUGCAGGAGCUUUCUGAGGAAGGAAAACAGAGGUCAGCACCCACAGCUUCCUAGGAACGCCUGGGGCCUCCUCCCCUCCUGGGGCGUCCUGAGCGGUGUGGGGCUGGACAGCCGGGCUCUUGCCUGUGUCUCUGCUUCCCCCUUAGUUGAGGGAAGCACUGCAACCACUGAAGUUGGUAGGGGAGGGGAUCAGGGCCUGGGGUCCUCACCUCAUGCAGGCUCAGCUGCUUGCCCUCCCGCCGCUUGGAGUCAAAGCGGCCAUAGAUGAUGCUGUAUUUGCGUAUCUCCUCUUCCUUCUGGCUGUCAUUAUCGUCCAUCUCAAAGAUGUGGCCCACGCUCCGUGCCAGCUUCUUGUUCAGCUUCAGCAGGGAAGUUACCUCCCCAGCAUCCCCCCUUGGGAAGCUUCGGAAGAUCCUCUCCACGCUCUCCACCACCAUGCGUACCAUCUCUGGCUCCAGUCGAUCCGGACCACCACCAGCCCCAGCUGCUGCCAGCCCCCCAGCCCCAGUCCCCUCAGGGACUCCUCCCCCUGCAGGUGGGGAGAACGGGGGUGAGCCAGCCUCCUCUUCUCCUCCUGCCCCAACAUCAGACUCUGGAGUGCUCCGGCCUGGCCAGAUCCGGGGGUCCCCUGCCCCAGGUCCCCCAGACAAUGGUGACAGCUUCUCUCCGAGUUCAAGGGGGCUCUUAGGGCUAAAACUGCGGGCACUGCCCGCCUUCUCCCCUGGGCUGCCAUGCCCGUUGCUCAUGCUCCCUUUCCGGGUCCCUGCAGUUUCAGAGAUCUUGAAGAGUGGAAUGCUGGAAACGGGCACGGCAGGCACUGGCUGGCUGAAGAGCCCUGGAUUGGUGGCCCACUCUCUCAGUGCCUUCUGUAGGCGUCGGACAUGGAGGGGCUUGGUGGCCAUGCCCACGAGGGCCAUGAUCUCCAGGAACUCCUCCUCACCCGCCUCACACAGUUGCUGCACGUCGUCCCCUCCCUGCUGGAUGAAGGUCUCAUAGUAGGAAAGGAGAUUGGCGCGCUGCAGGACCCGGUACAGCUGCAGCUCCCCCAGUGUCCGAGGCAGGGCCAUGGCUCGGGCACUGGGCCUGAGAAGGAGGCGCACAAAGGGGGGGGCAGUCAGUGCAAGUUCCCUUGCUGGGUACCAACCCACACUCACAACUGUUUUCUCUUUCCUGCCUGUUUCUCUUCCCCUCUUUUGAAUGCUCUCUCUACCCAGACCUGAACACAGACUAGGAGAAUCAGGCACUGCUCAGAGGCACAGCCAUGCCAGUGCUAUCCCAGACUGGCCGCAAGUACCAAAAGCCAGAUCAGUUUUUGCCAAAGUCAAAGGCUCCAAGCCCCCCUCCUCAGCUUUUACUUUUCUGGCCUGGGGCAAGGAGACCUUGAGCACUGAGGCCAGCCAGCACACCCCUGGGAUGGCUGGACCAACCUCUCUUCCAGAACACAGUGCUCACCUUCCACCCUAAACACCUAGCAGUCUCAACAUUACACAAGUUAACUUCGCACACUGAGGACCUCCCCUGCCUUCCAGACUGCCCAGUGCACCUCAGUUGGCCCCUCUCCCAGCAGUGACCUUCCCACCUGCUCCAUAGAGCUCCUUUGAUGCUCUGUUGGUUCAAAGGCGCCGGCUUCUCCCGGACCCCGGAGCCGCGCGCUCCGUGCCGACGACGGACUGAGCCAGCUGAGUGGCCCUCCCCCGGCACUGUUGCCAGCUAAAGCUCCAGGGCUUCCCCUAGCGCUUGGGAGCCUCCACAUUCUUUGCAGGGGGCUCACAUGCCAGGUCAUGCGCACAAAAUAAACGGGCGAUGGAGAAUUAGGUUUGUGAGCCCCUCUGUGUGGAUUUAAAAAUAUGUACAUUUAAAAAAUCAUUGACUUGUCAAGCCCCACCAGAGGCCGAGACUCCCCCGCAGCCGGAGCUGCUGAGAUGUCUGUUCUUCGCUUCCCUCCCACUCCUACCACCUCCAACUCCCCUCCUACUCCCUUCCGUUGACAACAAGGAAUUUCCAGCCUUUAGCAAAUGGAGAGAAACAGAGACAAAGAGACCAAGACUAUGAGAAACUACGGAAAAACAAUAAAGAUAAGAGACAGGUGGGGGAGAGGCUGACAAAAAGGGGGUGCGGCAAAUUAAAAACCUUAAUUUCUU